CAAAAGGAAACAAAUCCAGAAUUUGAAAAACAACGAUAAAGGACUGCUGUUCUCACUCUCUCCCCCUCUAUCGCUCCCUCUCUCUCGCACAGCCGACUCGUAACGGUUCGCCGGCUGUUUUAGCAGCGCCGAUCAAGGUAAACAAAAUGAUUGGAUCCUUUCUUACCAGAGGGCUUGUAAUGGUUCUUGGCUAUGCUUAUCCAGCAUAUGAGUGUUACAAAACGGUUGAAAAGAAUAAGCCUGAGAUCGAGCAGCUUCGCUUUUGGUGUCAAUAUUGGAUUUUGGUAGCUGUUUUGUCAGUUUGUGAGAGAAUAGGUGAUGCUUUUAUUUCAUGGGUUCCAAUGUACAGCGAAGCUAAGUUGGCCUUCUUUGUAUAUCUCUGGUAUCCUAAAACAAGGGGAACUACAUAUGUUUAUGAUUCCUUCUUCAGACCCUAUGUUGCAAAGCAUGAGAAUGAGAUUGAUCGUAACUUGCUGGAACUAAGGACUAGAGCUGGAGACAUGGCAGUUCUGUACUGGCAUAGAGCUGCAAGUUAUGGUCAGACAAGAGUUUUUGAUAUUUUGCAGUAUAUUGCUUCACAGUCAACACCAAGGCCUCACCCUGCUCAGAAUCCACAGAGAAAAGGUACCAGGGAUGGCCCGCAAUCUAGUGCUCCAAACCCUCAAGCACCUAGCAAACCACAGCCAGAGACUGAAGAAGAACCACCAUCUCCCGCAUCCAGCACAUCUUCUAGUCAGCAUCAGAAGGAGGUGGCAGAAGAGGUAGGACCUUCAGAAGUGCCUAAACCACCUAACCCUGAGACUGUCACGGCACCAAAUAGUCCAAACAAGAAAGCAAAUGCUGCAUCUCAAAGGACCCAAACAACAAAUGCUGCAUCUCAAAGGACCCAAACAACAAAUGCUGCAUCUCAAAGGACCCAAACAACAAAUGCUGCAUCCCAAAGGACCCAAACAACAAGUGCUGCAUCUGAAAGCACCAGCGAGCCUACCCAAACUUUAGCAGAAGCAAUGCAGAUGGAACCCACUCCACCUUCACGCAGUGAAAGCAUCAACCUUCCUCCAAAAGAGACUAUCAUGGAUGAAACCAUCCGGCGCACUCGAGGUGGAUUGAGGAAAACACGCUCUGCAGUAAUCCGUUAAAGAACGGUUUUAGUUACUCAUUUAGAUUACUGAACUAGCACUUAUCAGUAGAUGAGUGAUAAUGGCCAUUGAAAGAUUGUUGUCGACGUUGAUGUAAAUUUUGUCGUUUUCUACAGUUUAUUCCAUUCGUUGCUCUAUUUUUUUGAAUGUAGGGUAGCACCGUAGCAUGCUAAAAGAUCCGGAGUUGGAUGAAGCCACCCUCAACUACGAUGAUCUUUUUUUUUUUUUUUUUUUUUAAACGCAAUGGUUUGAAGUAUUAGUAUUUUAGAUAUGUUAGUGUAUAGGGAGAGUAUUGAACUCAAGAUAUGGAAUGCAAAUCACGGUCUACCUCAAAGGACAGCAAAUGGCCGUUGCGUCACGCAUAAAAUGCCUCAAAUAUGAUGAUCUGACUAUGCAACUGAGAGUGUGAAUUUGACAUAUGGUUAGGUAAAGAAGGUGUCAAAUUUAUGAUAUUUGGUUGUCGAGUAGAUUGAGUCUUAGAUACCGCAGUUAUUAGUUACUUACGGUUGGUUAGGAAAGUGCUUGCAGAGCCUUCUUACUGAUGACUUUACCAUUGAAGCUCAUCCAGAUGGACUUUGUUCUGACUCCAUAACGGACGAAGUCCUACAAAAUUGAAAUUAGGUAAUGGAACACUGUAAAUAAUGUCGCCAUAAAGAUGUUAGGUGAUGGUUUUAUUGACCUUGGUGCAUGUGAACUGUAUAGCAUAAAAAAGGACUAUCUCC